CCGGGGAUCGCACUCUGGCUUCCCUGCUUUGACAUAGCGUCACUUGUGAAACAGAAGAGGAGGAAGGAAGAAAAGAGGCACUCGGGCCAAAACCCAUCUGCACCAGCAGGAGAAGAUGUCCGAGCCCAAUAAGUACCGAGAGUGGAUCCUGGAAACAAUCGACUCUCUCCGCUUGAGGAAAGCCCGUCCCGAUCUGGAGAGGAUUUGUCGAAUGGUCCGAAGACGACACGGGUCAGACCCGGACCGAACCAGGACAGAACUGGAUAAACUGAUACAAGAGCAGACCGUGCUCAAAGUUAGCUACAAGGGCUCUAUAUCGUACCGGAAUGCGGCGAAGGUGCAGAGGAAAAGCCGAAAGAAGAGUGAGUUUACGGCCGCUGGCAGUAGCAGCAGCGGCGCGGAGGCAGCGAGGGAGCGGACCAAACACCACCAUCCGAACAACAACAGUGCUCACAGCUUCACCGACCAGGAGGAGGAAGAGGAGGACUCGGAGCCCAGCCCAGGUCCCCACACUCAAACAUCAGCCACCGACAAGAAGCCCAAGCCUGCCUCCAGCCCGAGUAGCGGAAACGGGUUCCAGAGCUGUGGCGCAACAUCGGGCUGCGCUGUCGGGAGCGGCAGUGAAGAGGAGAAAGCAAGUGCACCUAGAGACGAGGGAUUAGGACAGCAGGGAGUGGGGGACUGUAACAUAACACACGCACACGACGACGGCGGUGGCGAUGCCAGCGGGAUAACGCCGAGCGAAGCCGAUGCAGUUCGGGGAGAAAAGGAGCGAUGUUUGUCCCGAGAUGACACCCAGAACAAAACUUCCUCCGGGAGCGUCGGCGACCACCCGCAGCAACAGAGAGAGACUGCGCCCCUCAAGCCCAAACUUGAAGGAGGAGGAGGAGGGGGCACCAAAACAGCGGGGAACCACGCCAACUCCGACCUGGGCGACAGACUGGUGGCUUCUGUUCGCCGCCUGUCCGAAAAGAGCAUCCGAGGGGGCUCUACCAGCGCCACCAGAGGCCACAUGCAGCCGCUCGGGCUGAAGGAGAUCGUGGGCUACCUGAGCAGCCAAGAGCGGCUGUCGGAGGAGAAGCUGACCCGAGGCAAAGUCAAAGUGGUCAUGGAGAGAGAGGUGGCGAGGGGCCGGCUACGCAGGACCCGCUGCGGGAACAUCACUUUGCCGCUGAGGGGGGUGGUGACGGAGGACCCGAGGACCGCGGACAGACUUGUGAAGAGCGCACUGCAGGACACGGUGACAAAGCCGCUGUCCCCCUCUCCCAGGGAGAAUGAGGCGAUGGAAACAGCCAGUGAAGAAGAGGAAGAGGAGGAGGAUCCCCGGAGCUCAGACGAGGAGGAAGGUCUAUCCCCUGUAGCCAUGACAACCGAUCCGGAGCUCAUUGAGAAAACCUCAGAAGAUGCUCCAGAGAUCCAGGCGGCAUCAAAGCAGGAGAGCUCCCCGCAGCAGCACGGGGGUAAAGGGAUGGGUGGGAUUGAUUCCCUCACCAGGACGGAGCUUCCAUCUGUUCAAGGAGCUUCACUGUGCUCAUGUAACAGCGCACACUUAGAGGAGAGAGCUGUCCGUCCUGAUCAGCUACAGAAGGAGGCACAUAGUGUGUCAGGAUGGAUCCCUUGUCUUUUUCUCUGCAAACAAAAUGUACCUACGGGUACAAAUAAAGAACCUGACCCCUCUCUCCUCCACAUACAGGAUGACACAACCAACCACACCUCCUCAGGCUUUAACAGCCUGGAGUGUAAGACAGAGGUUGGCAUGUCGUCCUGCCUGCUCACACCCACUGCCUCCCCGAGAGACUCCGGCGUGUGUGAGGAGCGAGGGAUGAACGGAGGACUUGGCGGUGGAGGAGGUUUUAUAAAGUCCGAGGGGACCAUUGGGAGCCCGAUGGACUGGACAGUGUCCGAUGUGGUCAGUUAUUUCACAGAAGCAGGUUUCCCUGAGCAGGCGGCUGCAUUCGGGACCCAGGAAAUUGAUGGCAAGUCUCUUCUCCUGAUGCAGCGUAACGAUGUUUUGACCGGCCUGUCGAUCAGACUCGGCCCCGCCCUCAAGAUCUACGAGCGCCAUGUAAAGGUUCUGCAGAAAACACACUUUGAUGAGGAGGACUGUUAACAACAGAAAUACACACAGACCGUUGUGUCUGUUGUAUCUACAUAUAGCUCCAGUUAUCAAAUACUAUACAACUAUAUGCAUGAUAUACAAUACACUUCAAUGUUCAUCUCAUGUGCAACAGCACACACACACACACACACACACACACACACACACACACACACACACACACACACACACACACACACACACACACACACUGUGAAUGCUCUGUCCCAGAAACAACACACAAAAGUAGAGCUGGAAAGGAGCCAAAAGGAGCACAAAUGUUGGAGUGAGUAAGAAGACUUAAAAUGUAAGAUGCAGAGGAUGCACAAAAUAAUGCAAUAUCCCCAAUAUCAAGCACUUUGAAAUGUAUCGACCAAACUGUGCAAAAUGUUUUCUUUGUGUUUAUAUAUUAGUUUGUUCUGACCUUUAUGCACAUUUUGAAAGAGGUCGGGUCUGUGUGGAAGUUAUAAAAAAAACCUUUGGCUUUUUGAGGCACUGAUGCAAGGGUUACUUGCUUGUAGGUGUGUGUUUUGUACACAUACUGUGAGUGUGUGUAGAGGCAUGGAAUAGUAGGUUGGAUUGAGCAGAAACAUUCCCUGAAACUUAGAUGGUUGGCUCGCUGACCCGUCAGUCGUCCUAUAAGGAUAAAAUCCCGUGCAGGGUCGAUGACCUUGUACAAGGUCAUUGGACAAAGCAAUAAACUCGUAAUUCCCCCCUAGAUGUUCGAGAGGUUGUUGGAUCUUGUCAGCUCGCUGAUCGGCAGUAUAUUUCAGAUAUAAAACUCUUUGACAUAAUGUUUUUAAGCAGAGCUCGCAUGAUCUGUUCUGACCUAUGCAUCAGCACAUUGGGGGCCAGUUUCACAGACAGAUUGUGGCUUAGAUCAAACCAGUCAGACUCCGAGAUGUCAAAAUGAUCGACUGUAAAAAUGUUUGAAACAUCAUGCAUUCUUAUUACUCUACUCUUAUUCUAAUCAUGAAUCGAGAGCCAUGUUUUCCCUUUAUAUAGUUGUUGGGUGCCACUGGUCACCAUUGUAACCAGGUGAUUGUAGUCAUAGAAACAUGGCUCUUAGUUCAGAGUUAGCGUUGGGGUACAGCAGCUUAAUUUUAGGUCCCCAAUUUUUUUUAACUUGCAUUAGACUCACCUUAGUAGGAUAUUAAGACCGGACUAACACUACACACAAGUCUUUAUAUGAAACUGGCCUCAGAAAUAUUGAUCAAACACGCCGGCUCACUGAACUGAAAUCAGCAGAACAAUCGGAUCUCACUUAGAGUGUAAGUAUAUAAAAAAUGAUGUCCAUCCAAUACAUCAGCCUCCAUUUUGUAAGUAACUGAGAAACAACUAUCUAACUGAAAGAUGUUAUGGCAGGGUAAAGCUGAGUCAAUCAAUAAUCUCAUAACACCAGCAUUUUUCAACUAUUACCGGUCAAACCUUAGAAAACCAAUGCUGCCAAAUGAUCACACGUCUCAUUCCCACCGUCACUGUCACGACAAAUAUUCCAGGUUUGGUAUCUUUGUGCAUGAAUUAUAAAAUGAUAUUUAUCUUUUCUCAUAUUUGUGUUUAUCUUCUGUUUGUCAUGUUCUGAAUGUUUUCAGUCCACUCUCAACACACCAAUAGUUCUUAAAACCUCCUCUACCUCUUUCCCCUUCACUUUCACUUACUUUGCAUAUCCAGAAACACGUUACAGUAGGCCUGUCACAAUUCUGUUCUUAAGAAUUUUCAGAAUGUGAAAGAAAUAUUAAAAUAUCACAAAAAAAGACCACACGUCCAAAACAAGUUAGAUUAGUUUUUGGUCUCUGUUAACAAAAAUGUGCAAUACCCAAAUCAUUGAAUGUUGGCUAAAGUGUUGGUGACAUUGUUAUGUAAACAAAAAUGCAUGGAAAACAACAUGCAUAUAACAACAGGUAGUACUGAGAUCAAAAAUGUUUGAGUUCACAUACUUUAGUCUAAAUUUCAAGUUAUUUCACUUAUUUUAACAUGUAUGUUACUAUUUUUGUUGCCACUGUUAUCAAUCAAAUCAAUUCAUUGUCAUUAGUUGAACCUGUUGGAGCGGACAGCUGUGUCUGAGUCCAGAUUCUCAUGAGGGUAAUGUACAGUGUGUCUCAAGUUAUUUGUUAAAAUACUUUUUUUGUAAUAAAAGUUUUAAUUAAAACACCAAAG